AUGAAGCAGCUGUGCCUUUGCGCAUCCUCCUCCUUCGCGGUAGGCGUUUGGGUCCCUUUGCGCCUUCCCUCCUUCCCCGGAAGAUGCUCGGCGGGGGCGUGGGGCGGGGCAGCUGCGGGGCGCGGGCCGGACGUGGAGGGCGGCGCGGAGGGUCUCUGUGCUCCCGCGGGGUCAGCCGAGCGUUGCGGGAUGCAGGUCUUGGAGGACACUGCGGACAAUCACUUGGGAACCGUCUAUGCUCCUGGGCAUAUUUGUGGCUGCAGCUCUACCGAUUCGGAAGACAUCCGUGGUAGUGGGCCUGCAGACACAUGCUGGGGGGUGCAGGUUUCAGAGACGCUGUCUCGAGGCCCCCAGCCAGGACCACCUACCCCACAGCUCCGGCUCAGUCCCACCGACCUUGGCUCCUGCCCGCCCUGUGGCCCGUGCCCUAUCCCGAAACCCGCAACAAGAGGCAGGCGCCAGGGCCAAGACUGGGGCAAAAACGACCAGCGCCUGCUCCAGGCCGUGGAGAACAAUGAUGCGGCCAGAGUGGCCUCGUUGAUCGCCCACAAAGGGCUGGUCCCCACAAAACUGGACCCCGAGGGCAAGUCUGCGUUCCACUUAGCUGCCAUGAAGGGUGCGGUGGGCUGUCUGGAGGUGAUGCUGGCCCAAGGCUCAGACGUCAUGAGCACAGAUGGAGCAGGUUACAACGCCCUUCACCUGGCGGCCAAGUAUGGGCACCCCGAGUGCCUAAAGCGGCUCUUGGAGGCUUCCUGCGUGGUGGACAUUGAGGACAGCAGUGGGUGGACAGCCCUUCAUCAUGCAGCUGCUGGUGGUUGUCUGUCCUGCUCGAAGCUGCUCUGCUCUUUCAAGGCACACAUGAACCCCCGGGAUCGGUCGGGUGCCACGCCCCUCAUCAUAGCGGCCCAGAUGUGCCACACAGAUCUGUGCCGCCUCCUCCUGCAGCAGGGGGCUGCAGCAAACGACCAGGACCUGCAAGGCAGGACAGCCUUGAUGCUGGCGUGUGAGGGGGCCAGCCCGGAGACUGUUGAAGUACUCCUGCAGGGUGGAGCCCAGCUGGGCAUCACUGAUGCCCUGGGCCAGGACGCCACUCACUACGGAGCCCUGACGGGGGACAAAGUCAUCUUGCAGCUUCUACAGGAGUCUGCACAACACCCUUCACCUCCCAGUGCCUCUCUAGAGGAUGACUCCGGAGAGGCCUCGUCUCAGAACUCGGUGUCCAGCCAUGAAAAGCAAGGGGCCCCCAAGAAGCGGAAGGCACCUCAACCUCCGGCCAGCAUGCCUGUUCCGGACGAUCAGGAUGCUUAUGAGGAGAUUGUGCGACUGCGCCAAGAGAGAGGCCGGCUCCUGCAGAAGAUCAGGGGCCUGGAACAGCACAAGGAACGGAGGAGAAGGGAGCCCCUGGAGGCAGAGGCCAGCUCAGUGCACAGCCUGGAGAGGCAGGUGCAGGAGCUGCAGCAACUGCUGGCAGAGAAGCAGGAGGAGAAGGAGAGUCUGGGCCGGGAGGUAGAGAGCCUGCAGAGCCGCCUGUCCCUUCUGGAGAAUGAGAGAGAGAACACCAGCUACGACGUGGUCACCCUGCAGGACGAGGAGGCUGAGAUGCCUGACUUUCCAGGAGCUGAUGCGUUGUUGUCAAAGCAGCUACGUCUGUCUGCUGAGGAGCUGGUGGCAUCCCUGCAGGAGCAGGUGGCUCAGCUCACCAAGCAGAACCAGGAGCUGUUGGAGAAGGUCCAGAUCCUUGAGGAGUUUGAGAAGGACGAGGUGCAGAUGGUGGAAGACAGUCAGCCUGAGGUGGUCCCCCUGGUCUUGUAUGACUCUCUGAGGACAGAGCUUGAGCAGCUCCGGAGGCAGCACACAGAGGCCUUGCAUGCACUGCAGGAGCAGCGGGAGGUGGCCAGGGGUCAUGGAGAAGAGACAGUACAUAAGGAGAGCAGGGACAAGGGGACCACCACCCAGAAUGGUCCUAGCGUCCCAGAGCUCAAUGGCACCACAUACCCAGAAACCACAGCGAACGGCACCACUGAACCCCAAGCAGGAGGCUCCUUGGGCAUCGGGAACACGGAAGCCAGUGCUUCAGAAGUGACACCUAUAGAGCCCGAGGCUGCAAGUUCAGAGGCCACGGGGAAAGAUGCUGUGGCAGACGAGGCUGUGGACACGAGAACCACUGUGGCUCAGGCCCUAGACGUGAAAGCUGUAGGUGAUAAAGCUGGAAGUGAGCCGGUCGUGGCGGAAGCCAUGGGAGGGAAAGAGAAUCCAGGCAUGGAGGCUGAUGGGGUGCGUGUGGUGCAGGAGGGGCCCCCGGGAACAGGGAUUAGAAACAUGGAGGCCACGGCAGUAGAAUUGCGGGAUACCGGAGUUCAGGCCACAGCAGCAGAGACCACGGUAGUGAAGACCACGGGAGUGCAGGCCACAGUGGCAGAGGUCAUAGGAGUGAAGGUCACAGGAGUGCAGGUCACAGCGACAGAAGACACAGUCAAGGCCUCUGGAGCUGAAGCCCCUGGUGCAGACGCCACUGUGACUGAGGCCAAGGGAGCUGAGGCUACGGAAACUCAGGCCACCACCCUGGAAACCAUGGGAGCAGAGGCCACGGGGUCACAAGUCAUGGCCGUAGAGACCACAGGCGCGCAGGCCACUGUGACAGAGGCCAACGGAGCCGAGGCCAUAGGACUCAAGGCCACGGAAGCCGAGGCCGCCUGCACGGAGGGUCCCUGUGCUGCGGUUCUCCACCCGGGGGCAGCGGCAGCAGCGGCGGCGCUGCAGGCCGAGCUGGAGACCCGAAUCCGCGGCCUGGAGGAGGCGCUCCGCCUGCGGGAGAGGGAGGCGGCGGCCGAACUGGAGGCCGCCCGGGACCGAUUUGCGGAGGCCGAGGAGGCGGCACGGGGGAGGAGUCGCGAGCUGGAGACGCUGCGGGAGCUGCUGGCCACGGCCACGGCCACGGGCGAGCGCGCACGCGAGGAGGCGGACGAGCACGAGCAGGCUCUGGGCGCGCUGCGCGAGCACGUGACCCGGCUGCAGGCGCAGCUUGGGGAGCUGGCGCGCAAGCACGAGAGGACGAGCGCCGAAGUCUUCCAGAUCACAGAACUGUCCAAAGAAGUCUUCUCACUGAAGGAGUCUCUGAAGGCGCAGCAGGCAGCCCCUGCCAGCUCUGCGGAGGAGGAAGCCCUCCGCGGCCAGGUGGCAUCCUUGCAGCAGCGCAUGGAGGAGGAGGCCCGGGAGCACGGGGCCGUGGUGGCUUUAUACCGUACCCAUCUCCUGUAUGCCAUUCAGGGACAGAUGGAUGAAGACGUCCAGUGCAUUCUCAGCCAGAUCCUGCAGAUGCAGCGCUUGCAGGCUCAGGGUCGCUGAGGACACAGCUGGGCUCUUCGCUCUCCGUCCUUCACCACUGCGAGCUGAAGCCACAGAGACCACCUUGGGGUGCUGAGCGGACUCAGCAGGCUCUGGGAGUCAGCCUGGGACCUUACCCAUCACUCCACGGCAUGCAACACUCCGCAUCCGAUGGUACAACUCCCACUAUGCCGUCUGUAUUACAACCAUCCACCCAGGCGUAUAAGCUCACGGCAAGAGGGAGACAUAACCAUUGGGCGAGGUCAGGGAUGACUCAGGGGGUUCCGAUGAUAGUCUGAUAUUCUGGACUCAAAACAGUUAUAGCAAUAAAUAUGAAUGCAAUGCAGUAUUUGAAGAAACCAGGGAAUAGUGUUGUGGCUCAGAGGUGGAGUCCUGCCGAGAAUGCCCGGCGAGGGGCUGGUGUCACCCGUAGGGCGGCAUGGGUGUGCGGGUUCACAUGGGUCCCCGAAAUGAAGACUCAGAGACUCUUGAGAAUAAACCUAGGCUUUGUGGCCGCAGGGGGCUCAUCCUCUUUGGACUGAAGCCUUUCCCUUCGCCUCUUGGCAUUUUUAUUUUUUUCCUAUGUUUAUACUUUAGCUAGUAGAUUUCCAUAUCUCAAACCAAGUGGAGUGUCCAAACUACACUGCCAAGUGCAAAUACCUAAUUUAUGAGGUACCACGGUUUUCUGGGUUUCCCCAUAGCCAAGUCUGCCUAGGCUUUGUAUUCAUGGGAACCUCUCAGAUGAGAUUCACAUAGGGCAACAAAAAGGUAUCUGGAACACAAAGGAUGGGUUAGGGACUGGGUGCUGACUCCAGAGCUACACUAGGUACCUGGACCAGCGGCGGUAGCUUGCUGACCCUCUGGUGCCAGCCCAGCAGAAUUCUGUUACAGGUGUGGUCAAGGUAGAGUCCUGCCUUUGCUCCAGAGGCAGUGAGACCUGGGACAAAGGAGCUGAUAUUUUAGGUGGACUAAAAUCUAAUGCAAUAGCCAAUAUUUUUCAAAGUCCCUGACAAUAUAAUGUCUGAGGGUUAAGAAAGGUUUUGUGACGACAGCCAAGGCUGCAGAAAGAAAACCUGUCUGCAAAUACUAAAAGAAUAAAGUUCUGGUAAGUUCAAGCUCUAUACAGUCACAAGGACGUGUCCCACAUGGCAAAAAACAAUAACAAAAACAAAAACAAAACAACAACAACAACGAAAAAACAAGCUCGAUACAGCCACAAGGAUGUGUCACAUGUGGCAAAACCAAGAUUUUCCAGAGAGGUGCAAACAUUCAAUUGAAUAGCAGCAUCAAGCAAUAACAGAUAAUCUAAACAGACUCCCCGCUAGCCUCUGCACCUGGGAGGAGCACAAAACCACAUUCCUAGAAAGAUUCCAUUUUUUUUUUGAGACAGGGUUUCUCUGUAGUUUUGGAGACUGUCUUGGAACUUACUUUGUAAACCAGGCUGACUUUGAACUCACAGAGAUCCACCUGCCUCUGCCUCCUGAGUGCUGGGAUUAAAGGCGUGCACCAUGAUCUGGUUAAUUCCAUGUUUUGAAGAAAGGGAGUUCAUAAGAUUUCUCUGUUUUCUUGGAGGUCUACUUAAGCACUCAGAGUUCUGUUCCCAUGACUCCAUUUCUGGACUGUGUUCUGACAAGCCUGAGCAAGUUCUGUGUUUAUCUUCUCAACCAGGCCCUCACCCCGAACACCUCCCUUUGGGGACUCUAUUGUUGGUAUUUAGGAUCAUAGACCAAGCUGAUUUAAACUUUUGACAUCCGGCUUCCACAUCCUGAGUGCUCACCGCAGAAGGCUGGG